AUGACGCGUUUGACUUGCUACUGCCUGCGAGUGCGUAAGCGUCUCCGUAAAAAGAAAAUUCCAGACUGUCAGACGCCACCCACGUACGCUGAGAUAGAUGAAGCUAUAGGUGCAUUGGUGCAAUGGACACAACGAGUGUAUUUUUCCGAUGACCUCGAUAAUCUGAAGCAUAACCGAUCUUGUACCUCCAAGCUACGGAAGCUUGCUCCAUUUCUAGAUUGUGAAAACGUGAUAAGUGUGGGUGGACGUUUACGACGUGCGGAUUUACCGUUUGGAGAAAAAUGUCCAAUUCUAUUACCUAAAGAAGCAUGGAUGACUAGGCUAUUGAUCGACCACGUACAUAGGAGCAAUGGACACCCAGGUACACAAACAGUACAAACCAUUAUACACCGACGUUUUUGGGUACUAUCGGCAAGAAGUGUUAUUCAAAAACAACUCCACCGUUGCAUACCACGUUUCAAAGCACUACCUCGGGCUCCUCAGCCACUCAUGUGA